AUGCUCCCAUCUAGCGAACUCGGACGCCACAGUGAUUUGGGAACUCCGAGAAAGCGUGCCACGGGCGGUGGCAGCAGCUACUCGGGCAGCAGCACCAGCGGCACAGGCAGCGAUGCGUGCCGUUCGUCGAAGCCGUCUGGUUUGCGUCGCAGCACCAACGGCGGCUCUGCACAGAAGCGCAGGCUGCUCAUCCUCGGCGCCAUUGGCGGUGUCGUGGUCGCGGCCGUCCUGAUCGGCGUGCUGGCGUGGGCCAUCCCCAACGCGCGCAGCGGGUCGGCUGUCACUGCGCCUCCCGCCAGUGCGCCCGCCUCCGCAUCAGAUGCCGCAAAGCCGGCUGCCAAGGCGGCCGCCCUGCUGGACUCCGCCUACUGCAGCGGGCUGCCUGUGAUGGCUCAGAUGUACUGCAAUUCCUACUACAAGGCGCCCGGCAGCGGGCGCUUCUCCGCCGCGGCCAUGUGGCAGAAGAUGGAUGCCAUCACAUACAACUGUGCGGGCAUCAACAACGCAUGCCUGAUGGCGGACCUGAAGGCAGACAGGGUCGGUAGCGCCUGCCAGACGCUGGCGGAUGGGGAGAAGUGCCAGGGCGACGCCCAGUGCUCCGCCGGCCUCUGCGGAGGUGCGCGGCCACCACCGCCACCGCAGCCGCCGCGCCCCGCCGCACAUCCGGGAGCCACGGGGCUUGCGGGCCUGGCAGCCCUCAAGCUCGAGCAGGCCCCGGUGGUCGAGGCCAAACAGCAGGGAAUGAUAAAGGAGGACAAGAGCAGCGCCACGGGCGCCACGCCGGACGCGUCCGCCGCGGCCGCCAGCAUCGCCGCGCAGGGGCCGCCGGCGCCCAAGGCCGUGGUUAACGGCUGGGGCGAAUUCCAGGCGACGGUCAACGCCGACGCGCCCCUGAUGCGGGUGCCCGAGACGUUCCUGGCCACUAGCCACGAGUGGGACCGCAUCACCGACUACGCCGACAACAUCGACGCGUUUGCAGAGAUCUUCAAAGUGUUUGGCCCCAGCCCAAUCAUGCGCAUGGGCGGCGCCAGCCAGGACGCCAUGACUGAGGUCCCCAAGCAGGAGAUCUGGGAGGCCUUGGCCAAGAUCCAGAAGGCCUUCAACGCGCGCUUCUUGAUCGGCCUGCCCUUGUGGCGUCCGGACAGCGUGGUGAUGGCGCGCAAGAUGAUGCAGUUGGCGGAGCAGUACCUCCCCAAGGAGUCGCUGAUGGGCUUUGAGCUCGGGAACGAGCCCGAGUUCUGGCCGACCAGCGUCGGCGGCUACGAGUCCGCAGCCAACUCCAGCUUUGUGCCCGGCUUUGAGGCGUACGCCAACUACUUUUCCCGCACCGCGACGGCCCUGAACCCCUGCGGCCCCGGGCAGUCGCCCAAGCUGGCGGGGCCAGGAUGGGGCAACGUCAACACGAUCGACGCCGGGUGGAUGGCGAUGCAGGCCAAGGCGGCGGGGGCGCGCUGCUACAUGCGCGAGCUCAGCGUGCACUACUACCCCUACGUGAACAACGUCACCAUCGACUCCCGCAGCCUGCUGUCCCAGGACCUCCAGAACUUUGGCAUUGAGAAGUUCCAGUGGCUGCACGGCGUGGCCAAGGCCACCAACCUCAAGCUGCGCAUCUCGGAGACCAACUCCCUCUAUGGUGGCGGCCGCGCGGGCCUCAGCGACACCGUGGCCGGCACCAUGUGGUGCGCCGACGCCCUCUUUGCCUUCGCCAACGCCGGGGCCACCGGCUUCCACUUCCACUGGGGCUUCGGCGGCCGCCCCUACUACGGCGGCCAGCCCAACACGGGGGUGCAGACCAACUUCUUCCGGGACUCCCUCAAGCCCUACCCCUCGGUGCACGCCCCAUGGUACGGCUACCUGCUGUUCCGCACCGCCACCGCCGGCCUGGGCGGCGGCUUCAGCGACACGACGCUCGUCAACGUCAACACCAACGCCGGCAGCUGCGGCGCCAACGUCAAGGUGUGGGGCCUGCUGACCGACGAGGGCGGCGUGAGGGUGGCGCUGCUGAACAAGGACAUGUACACGCCGUGCAACGUGGCGGUCACCCUGGACAGCAUGUACUGCGGCAGUACGGCCGCGCUGCACCGCCUGAUGCCAGGCAAGAAGGGGAUGGACUCGAAGGACGGCAUCACGUGGCGCGGGCAGACGUACGACAACGCGGCGAACGGGAAGCUGCAGGGCAGCGCCAAGAGUGAGAGCCUGAGGCCCGUCGCCGCCGCGGGCGGCAAGUGCAGCGUGACGGUGCCUAUGCCCGUGGCCAGCGGCGCGGUGCUCGAGGUCGCGCGGGCGGCCAGCCGCUGA